AUCUUCAUCACGUUUCAUGGCGCUUCCUCAAGGCCCUUGAUUUCACUUCCACCAUAUCUCCAUCUAUCCAAACUCUCCUACCCACCAAUUUUCAGCCGUCGGAUCUCUGAUUCCCUCCACCAUCAGACCCACAAUGAACUUCUUGAUUUUCUUGAUCACCUUCUCCGAAAAUCCACAACCAUUCAACAAUGUCAACAGCUCCACACCCAAAUCAUCCUCACUGGGGCCCACACGUCCUCAUUCUUGGCGGCCAGACUUGGGGCUACCUAUACCCGUUUUGGGCUGCUUUUCGAUGCCCGAAAAGCAUUUGAAUCUGCUCAAGUUGAUUGCUUUUCAAGCUUGCUUUUGUGGAACUCAAUCUUGAGAGCUAAUGUAACAUGUGGGGAACAUGAGGAGGCCCUUAGGGUUUAUCUUCGGCUGCGAAAACUUGGGGUUGGGGCUGAUGGGUUUAGUUUCCCUUUGGUUAUAAGGGCUUGUGGGCUGAUUGGUGAUUCUAGGUUGUGCAGGAAUGUUCAUAGUCAUGUUUUGCAGAUGGGUUUUCAAUAUAAUCUCCAUGUUGUGAACGAGUUGUUGGUCAUGUAUGGCAAGGUUGGGAAGAUGGGAGAUGCUUGCCAAUUGUUUGAUAGAAUGGCUGAAAGAACCCAUUUUUCCUGGAACUGUAUGGUUUCAGGAUUCGCAACGAAUUAUGAUUGUGAUGGUGCUAUUUAGAUGUUUCGAAAGAUGGAAACCGAAGGUUUGGAGCCAAACCUUGUAACGGAGUCGUGGACUUCGUUGUUAUCUAGCUAUGCUAGGUGUGGGCGUCAUGAAACAACGUUGCAUUUUUAUGGUGAGAUGAGAAAAAUGGGAAUUGGCUAUACGGCUGAAGCACUUGCUGUGGUCGUAUCUGUUUGUGCUGAUUCAGGUUUACCACAGGGUGAGGUAAUCCACGGAUAUGUGAUAAAAGGUGGUUUUGAGAAUUACUUGUUUGUGUAUAACUCACUUAUAUGCAUGUACGGGAGAAAUGGUGCUGUUAAAGAUGCAAAAAAUUUGUUUUCAGUAAUGGACAUAAAGAAUAUAGUGAGUUGGAAUGCUUUGAUAACCUCCUAUUCAGAAUCUGGAUUGUGUGACGAGGCUAAUGCUAUAUUUUCACAGAUGUAAAAUUCAGACGUGUAUCCAAUGGUGAGACCUAAUGUUAUAAGCUGGAGUGCUGUUAUUGGUGGGUUCGCUUCUAAGGGAUGCGGGAAGGAGUCUUUAGAAAUCUUUCGUCGGAUGCAAACAGCUAAAGCAUUUGCCAAUUCCAUUACAAUUUCCAGCAUUUUAUCCAUUUGUGCAAAAUACUCUGCACUUCGUCUUGGCAGGGAAAUCCAUGGCCAUAGAAUUAAAGCAAUCAUGGAUGGGAAUAUUUUGGUGGGAAACGGCUUGAUUAAUAUGUACACUAAAUGCGGUAGUCUCGAUAAAGCACUUUUGGUGUUUGAAGAAAUAGAUGGCAGAGAUUUGGUUUCAUGAAACUUAAUGUUUGCAGGGUAUGGAAUGCAUGGACUUGGGAACUAUGCUCUAGAAACUUUUGAACAGAUGAUGAAAGCUGGAUAUAACCCGGAUGGGAUCACUUUUGUUGCUGUUCUUUCUGCAUGUAGCCAUGCCGGGGUUGUUUCUGAGGGUCGCAAGAUUUUCGAUCAAAUGGAAUCAAAGUUUAGGAUUGAACCCCAGGUGGAGCACUGUUCCUGUAUUGUUGACCUCCUUGGGCGUGCGGGGUUUUUACAAGAAGCUAGCGAAAUGGUCAGAAGCAUGCCGAUUGAGCCCACUUCUUAUGUCUGGGGAGCUCUAAUGAACUCAUGUAGGAUGAAUAAAAACACAGACAUUGCACAAGAAACAGCUUCACAGAUUUUUAGUAUCGACUCAGAGACCACUGGAAGUUACACGCUGCUGUCUAAUAUUUAUGCUUCUACUGGAAGAUGGGAUGAUUCUGCUAGGGUGAGAAUUUCAGCAAAGGCCAAGGGUUUAAAGAAAAUACCUGGCCAGAGUUGGAUUGAGGUGCGGAAGAAGGUACAUAUGUUCUCAGCAGGGAAUAAUAAUACACUGGAAAGAGGGAUGGACGAAGUUUACAAUAUACUCAAGGAUUUGGGGCUGCAGACGGAGAUUGAAGGCUCUUUACCUGACAAGAGCUUUGUGCCACUCUCUAUGAUCGCUCUAAAAACAGAGUUGCGGUGUGCGAUAUCGAAUGUUGUAAAAGACUUAAUUGAAACUCUUUCUACCACCAAUUGGUUUUAGGAAAGAUGGUAGAAAAGCGGUCCGACAAACUCAAUAAAAGACAUGAGAGGGAGAGAAAAGAGGCAAUAAGUUAGCCUAGUUGCACUUGCACCUAUGCACAAUGUUUGGUUGGUUCUCCCUAUCAUGGGGUUUCCUUUUUGAGUACUGUGCUUGUACCAGGGUGCUUGACGUCAUGGUUUUGGGCUCGAUUUUAUGUAUAGUGCAUGUAUGUUACGGCUUUCUUGCCUAGUUGACUGUUCAGUCUAAUGUAAUUCACAUGAUAUUCUUAAUCAUCCAACCGAUUUAUAGGGAAAAAAAAUCGUUCAUA